GUUGGUGUUCCCGCCCGGCCACUUUUGAGCGUUGCACCGUUCGGACUUGGGGCGGGAGUCUCAGCUUCGCUGCCGAGGAAAGGCUUGGAGGUGGUCCUGAUGCCGCGUGCUAAAAGAGCUUUGAAGCUGGAAAAUCUUAUUCCAGAAAAAGUGCCAGCAACAUCACCAGUAAAAGGAAAGAAAAAUGGCCUUCUUUUUUCACCAACAACAGGAACAUGUCUAAUAAGUCCAUUUUCAAGUCCCAGGAGUAAUCAUGCCAAAAAACAGAGAAAUGACCUAUCAAAUGAAAUCAGAGAGUCUUCCAUAGUCUUGCCAAUCCAAUCCAAUAGGAAGGAGCAACAUCAAACGAAAAACAAUGACAAACUCUUGGUAUUGCAGUCUGAAGUUGAACAUUCUGUGGAAAGAUUCCUGCAAACCCGAAAAAAACUAACCAAUUUGAAGGCUUUAGAGGGCACCAGAGAGCUGGAAAAUAUUCUGGGCACUUCAGACAAGUCUGGUAACUUAAAAAUGGAAGUGAAAAAAUCCAGGAAACUGAUUGAGCAAGUCAGAAAGAGAAACCUGCGAAAACCGGGUGCUGCUAGAUUUUCUACUCAAGAGAAUCUCCAACCUGCCAGUAGC